AUGGAUCUCCAGACAUUCACUUCUGAAGCACUUUUUGCGCCUAUCACAUCUAGUCCCAAAUUACAGAUAGCCAGAUCAAUUGCACGUUAUGGUUUAUUUGAAUUUUUGAAUAGUAAUCGAUCAUCAUCAGAUUUAUAUCCACUUAUUGAAUCAUUAUUACCUUUAGAAAUUAAAAAAACUAAAGAGACUUUAAUUAAACCAACUCCAACUCGUUCGAAAAAUCUUAAAUGGAAAACAAGAGCUCUUCAAGGUUUAGGAAGUGGACUUGGUUUGAUCUUACCAUCGGUUUUGAAAACGACUGGGGAUGUUUUUCAUUCACCUGGAUCGCUUUUGCUUGAUACUUUACGGUCUGUGGGGUCUUCUGGAGUUUUGGUGGAUCCUAAUUGGGGUACUGCAACUGUGAAGACUGAAAGCUUUCAUGGAGAUCUAGCCUGGUCAACAAUUCUUUCAGUCGGAACUCCAGCUCAAAUGUUUCGUCUUAAUCUCGAUUCAGGAUCAUCCGAUUUAUUUCUAUUCGAUCAAGCUUGCAAAACAUGUUCAACUACAAACCAUACGACUUUCAAACCAGACCAAUCUACUUCUUUUACAAGUACACCUUUAUCAGAAAACAAAUUUGAUCAAACUUUUGGAGAUGGUUCAACUGUUAGUGGAGAGUUAGUAAAGGAUACAGUCAGCAUUGGUAAUUCUAUUAAAGCUUACAAUCAAACCUUUGGUUUAGCAACCAUGGUUUCUUCUGAUUGGGCUGAAUUACCAGUAGACGGAUUGAUGGGUAUAGGACCUGAUCCACUUUCUGUCUUUACUACCAAUGAUCCAAAAGGCGUUUUUACUAAUUUGGUCAAUAGUCAAACUCUUGAUCAACCUAUUAUUGGAAUCGCUUUAGUUAAAGAACUUGAAUAUGAUUCGGGUUCAGCUUUAGGUGAGUUUAAGUUUGGUGGGAUUAGUAAGAAAUGGAUUCGUGAGGAUUUAGUUUGGAAAAAUGUUACUAGUCAUAACUUUUGGGGUGUGGAUCUGACUGGUAUAUAUGUCAAUGGAUCCAAUGUCAUGUCGCCAAAUGAUCCCCCUCGAGCUAUCCUUGAUACUGGUACUACCUUAACACUAGUCUCCGAAACUACGGCUGCUGAAAUUCAUAAAAGAAUCCCUGGUUCCGUUGUUGAUCCAGACAAUGGGAUUUGGAUGGUACCAUGCUCAACCCACAACCCGUCCAACAAAAAAUCUACUUAUAACCGAUCAGAUCACACAUCCCCUGGCCCUCUUGACUCGAAAUCACUUAUACCGGUCAAGACAGUUUCUCCCCCACACGGCCACAGUCUACCUCUUAAUCUCAAAAAAAGAUCUCAUACCUCCAACCAGUUCUAUAGCAGACAUCAUCGUAAACAUCAUCUACACGCUCGUUCUAGCCCAACUUCAACUCCUGCUUCCCCUAAUAUCUUUUUUGAAUUCGGAAUUGGAAGUCUUCAAUUUGUGAUCCCAGCUGAAGAUUUAGCUUACCAAUCUAUUCUAAAUGAGCCGAGAACUGAUGAUCAAAGUGGAAUCUGUUAUAGUGGUAUCCAAUCUGGAAGUGAAGGAUUUGUAGUCUUAGGUGAUACAUUCAUUAAGAACCAGUAUCUUGCUCUAAGGUAUGAAACAAACGGUCAAAGAUCAGUUGGAUUAAGUAGACGUACUGAUUUACCUAUCUUGACUUAA